AGCUCGAGCCGAGCUAGCCUGCGACACCCUUGCUGUGCGCAGGCAGGCGAGCGGCCCGCAGGUGCCCAGGGCAUGGCAGCGCUGUCGGUGCCCCUGGGGCGGUGGCCGGCGGGCCCGGGCUCCGCGCCCCAGGGGGCGGGGGGGGGGGCCUGCCCUGCCAGGCGCGGCGCCCCGGGGCCGCUCGCGCUGCUCCUGGGCGCGGUGGCGCUCGCGGCCCGCGCCGCCUCGCAGGGCUUCGCCGCCGCAGCCAGCCGCGCCGCCGAGCCGCGCGGCCCGGGCGCGGGCAGGAGGGCGACGGCCGCAGGAGGCGGGCCCGACGCGGACGUGUGGAAGGAGGCGGCCGCGGAUGGCGCCAGCCCCGCGGCCGGGGCGGGGGCGAAAGGUGCCCCGCCGCUGGGGCUCAAGGAGGCGGACAUGCCGUUGGGCGCCGAGUACGUGCCCGACUCGCCCGAGGCAUCCAGCAGCAGCCGCAUAAAGCAGUUCCUGGCGCUGGAGCCGAUCCCCGACGAUCCCUCGCAGGGCAACCAGUGGGAGGUCGAUUCGAAGAGCGGCACGCAGACUUCGCAAGACGAGUGGAAGAAGAUCAUUGCCAUAGGAACAGGCGGUGUGUCCAUCUUCGUCGCUCUGGCAUACCUCAUUUGGGUGAUCGCGAUCGAGAACCGCGACUUUGAAGGAGACCUGGCGCUGAGUAAAGAAGACAUCGAGUCCAUAUCCAGCCUGUUCCCCGACGGCGAGUAGGACAGCUGCCGUCGUGGCCAUCGAUCUCAAGUCGAGCAAUGUGCACGAGCACCCGCUGGCGGUGGCCCUCGCGGUCACCAAGCAGGCCCCGUUUCUCUAUGGGGCGUCCUCCCGCCAAAAACCGCGCGCUGGAGGCCAGGGCUCGCGCGGUGGUGGGGCGGGGGGCGGCUCGGCAGAAGAUCGAGGAAUCUUGUCAUUCGGUAAGGAAAGACGCCCGAGGCCGUUUGCACUGUUUUGCUUGUUUCAAGAAGCCAGAACCAGGAGAGAGAAAGAGAGAGAGAGAGAGAGACAAUCCUGGUUGGCUAGCCCGUGGAUCGGGUACCAAAGCCAGCGCGCACAGAAGCCAUGUUGUCUGGACUUUUACUAAGGGAGUCUACUGGUGUCGGGCCUGCGGGGGAUACGGCGCCACCUUCUGUCAGAAGUUCGGAGUGCAGUGCAAGCCUGAGACUUUCACCAAAGGUGCCAAAAGUUUCGCUUUUUCACUGGAGCAAGAGAACUGAGAAGUUAACAGUGGGCGUGAAGGAAUGGGCUCAGCCAGACGAUCUGAGACCCCCGAGGCCCACUGUUUUUGUUUAGUGGCCAAGGACUCAC